AUGGCAAGACAAUCUUCGAGAGCGGAGUGCGUGGGGAAAACGGCAGGACAAGAUGUAUCUGAAGAUGCAACUUCCAGAAAAAAGAAGGAAGAAGAAGAAGAGCUUGGGAAAAAUCAAGAUGUUCCUGCGCAAGAGGAGGUCUCCACAGAGGAGGGUUCACCCGUCGCAACUCCCGAUCCCCUUACGGAAGUCUCUGAAACUUCCGAAUCUGAUGGCAGAAUUAAGGAUGCCCGAGCUGAGGAAAGCAGGCGCGAACGAGAGGACAUUGCCCGAGCAAAAAGAGGAAAAGGCAGGGAAAUUACAGACGAAAUGAAAGCGCGAGAAAUAGAAGAGAAACUCAACCGGAAUGCUGCGCAGAAAGCUCGUUUCGAUGUGAGAGGUCUCGGUGCGCCAUCUGGCGCCGCGGAUAUCCCCGAUCCGAGAGCCCCCGAUCCCAGACCGCCGCCUGGAGCACGGCCAGGAACAGCAGAAAAGAAAUUCUACGUCUAUAAAGCACCGCACAAAGUAAGCUACAUCAAGCCGUGGACCUGGCGAUUUCGCCGCGCGAAAUCCGCAGACGAAAAGGAAAUGUAG